CCCGCACACUCAUCAGAGAGGUCAAACCAGCUUGAGUAAUUAAACACUUCUUCUCGAGCAGCGCGAUCGAGAGGGAGGCGCAGCAGUCCUAGCAUUAAUCAAACAAUUUACGCCACAAUUAUUUGCCGGCGCGGCCACUGGCUAAACAAGACGAUCCCCCUGCCCAUCUCGAUCUUGGAUUCGAGCGAUUCUGCCACUGAUUUUAAGCCAGCUCACCCAUGUAGUCCCGUUUCUUGGUUACUUCCUUCUCCUUCCUCUCCUGGCCUCUCCAAGACUCCAUUGUUCCUGGAGAUUAAUUGAGGCGUUCUCGCCGAUGAGCGUCUCCUGCUGCUCUUCUUUGGGUACUAGGUGAUUUCCGGCAAGAUCCAGGUUUCAUGCUUCCUAACUUAUUGUUGACGGAAGGGGUGGUCUGUUCCCCUCUUCUCAGAGAUCUUGCUUGGAUUGGAAGGGCAAGGGGAGCACUCUUGGAUUGGAAUUGGAUGUCUUAGUGGUCUUGGAUCAAAGUAUGUACAGGUUCAAUCUUCAGGUGUAGAAUGCUCACCAACUGACGUUGUUUGGCUUCAAAUAUCUAAACAGGCUACAUUCUCCUUAUUUCAAACACGUGGCUCUAUAGAAGUUGACGAUGGACCGCGGCAAGAAUAUCAUCCAGGAGGAAUCUGCAAACUUCAGCUCAUGUCCUCUGAUUUCAAACUACCAGGGCAGUUCAGAGAAUCUGCUCCUUGACAUGGGGAUCCAACAUCCCUUUCCAGCAUUUACCUCACCAUUGGAUGCUGCACCAUCCGCCAGCAUCCCACACAUGGAUUGGAACCCGGAUACCAUGCUUGACAACCUCACAUUUAUUGAAGCUAAGAUUGGGCAAGUAAAAAAUGUUAUCCGUUCAAUGGUUGGCAAUGGUGGCCAGUUAUGGACUGAACCAGGGCAGCAGCAACAACAACAGCAGGUCAAUGCAGACCUGACAUGCCUCAUAGUUCAGCUCAUCUCUACUGCUGGGAGCCUUCUCCCGUCACUGAAGAACUCAUCCUUUUUGAGUCACCCCCCUGCAGGGCAGAUGGUUAAUCUUGCUGGCACAAGCUCAAACUCGAAUCCUAAUGCAGCCGUCUCUGAAGAUCACAAGGAGGAAUUGGGUAGCCCUGACUACGAAGAGUUCUUCACGGGAUUGACUGAUGGUGCUGUGGAGGGUAUUGACAUUGAGAAUGUUGUUGUCAAGGAUCACGAUGUCAAGGAUGGCAAUGAAGGCGGUGAGGCUGGCAUGGAUGGAGAUAGCCUACCGCCGGGCUCGUAUGAGCUCUUGCAGCUAGAGAAGGAUGAGAUCUUGGCUCCACACACACAUUUCUGCGCCAUCUGUGGAAAGGGCUUCAAGAGGGAUGCGAACCUGCGGAUGCACAUGAGAGGGCAUGGCGACGAGUACAAGAGCCCUGCCGCGCUGGCCAAACCACCUAGAGACGCGAGCAUGGACCAAGACACCGUCGUGAAGAGGUACUCAUGCCCGUUUGCCGGGUGCAAGCGGAACAAGCUGCACAAGAGCUUCCUUCCCCUCAAGACGAUUCUGUGCGUGAAGAACCACUACAAACGGAGCCACUGCGAGAAGAGCCACACCUGCAGUCGGUGUCAUGCCAAGAAGUUCUCCAUCAUGGCUGACCUGAAGACACACGAAAAGCACUGUGGCCAGGUUAAGUGGCUGUGCUCUUGCGGCACAACCUUCUCAAGGAAGGACAAGCUCUUCGCACACGUGGGGCUGUUCAAGGGCCACACGCCGUUGUUGCCGGUGGACGAGCCCGAGGCCGCAGAUAAGGUGGCUCACGCAGGAGGCCAUCAAGAACCAGCUAAGGUUGAAAUCUCCAUGGGUAGUAGCUUCAUGUGGGGUAACUCUUCAGGCAAUGGCGGUGAGCCGUUAGGUGUCAGUGGGCUCGACGGCUGCAGCGACGACUUCCUUUGUACAUCGAAUUUUGGCUCCUUUGGCUUCGGUUUGGGGCAAUGCCAUGGGUUUCCAGAAGAUCAGUCCGAGGGGUUAUUCCAGAUGCUGCCUUCGGACCACUACCAAAGUGGUGAAAAGAAUGGGGAGAGCUAACAUCCAGACAGUUCAUUCUUCACCCCUAAGUUUCAGAUGUAGUACCACUAGUCCUGGUCUUCAGCAAUCCUCCCUCACGCUGUAGAAUAGUCCCUUUGUUCUUCAUGGCAUGGCAUUGUAC